AUGUAUGACCUGGAUCCAACUGCUGACUUGGACACAAUAUCCGACAUGUAUCAACCAGAAUCGGACCAUGUUGAAAUUCAUAACGAUGGCAAUCAGAGCUUCGGACAAACGGAUCCCCUCGCCCCAAGUCUCGUAGGAAAUCAGUGGGAUCGGUACAGCUUUCAUCAGAACUUGCCUGACGCUACAAUCAACUAUCCACUCGACCCUUGUUUCUAUUCGCCAUGCCUGCCGGGAAACGAUAGUCUUUAUCUACCCUGCGCUAUCGAUUACCAGAACGAUCCAGGACAUUACCACGACGUUGGACUCCCCUCAACAACUGGCGAUCCAAGCUAUAUUGGAUUAGAUUCAGGAAACAGUUUCGACCUUGCUACGAAUGCGCUUCACAGGGGCGCUUCCUACAGUCAGCAGAAUGAUGGCCAGCUACGAACAGUCACCUCAUUUGGUCAGGGACUCGCGAGCAAAGUCACUCACGCACCGCUCGAUCUUGACACCAGUGCUCCCAAGCAAAAGAUAGUCGGAUGGUCUGAUAUGGAUACGCGUUCCAAAAGCAGGCUUUGCCGUUGGUAUGAAAUGUUGGACAUAGCGAUAGGAUCAAAGGACGAUUUGCGUAUCCGACAGGACAUGUGGAAUACUGUGCAUCAGGGGAAGAUCGACUACGUCGUAUACGGGAGCCCUCAAGAGGAAAUCCCCUGCAGGCGUUGUAACUCGAUUCUUAUCCAACCAAAUGGCACUGGACGUGGAUCAUGGGAUACGUGUGUUGUCGUUCGAUCGCUGUUGUUCAGUCAGUCCGCCCGAGCAUGGGUUCGUCAGGAAGACGACCUUCCUCUCGCGCUGCCUGGAGGCGAGGGGGAUGGUGGAAUAUAUCAACCAAUGGCUUGCGGUCUCGGAACCCCCGUAUCUAUUAUUUUACUCUGUCACAAAAUCCCGGAAGCACCCAUACUGUUCAACUCGAUCGCUUCUAUGCGCGAUUCCGAUAUCGACCCAAGACUGCUAGCUGAUUAUUGCCCUCCAAGUUCGUUUCCCGAUGAAACCACCCAUCGCGACAAUACGUCAACUAGUACAGGAGAUCUUUUAGAUUCAUCUAAUAUCUUGGCAUUACAUGAUUAUGUCCAGGACAAGUCGAUUGCUCCCGUUUGGUUGGUGAACGACCUCAGCCAUGACAGUCACGACAGAUCUCAGGAAGCACCAGAAAUCUUUGAAGACACUGAACUGACCGUGCCAUCCGAAGCGGAGCCUCAGAUUAGCGUUGCCAAGUCAAAGAUGCUGCGAUGGGAUGCGAUGGACGAAAGGUCGGAGGGACGGGUCGAGAAGUUAUACCGGAAGAAGCGCAUUCGAAAGGGGAGCAUAGAUGAUCAGCGGCUCCGCGAAGAUCUGUUGAGCGCCGUCGCAAUUGAAGCGGCGGGUUGGGUCGAGUGGAAAGGCGAAAAAGUGUACUUCAAGCGCUGUAUCACUGCAAAGAAGAGUGGCGGAUUAUGCGGGGCGAUCGUUGUGAUGCCUGGUUCACAACAGAAUCGCAAAACGACGUGGAUAUACUUGGAUCGGGUGGACGGAACUUGUUCAGCAAGUGAUAGAUGGAUCAUCUACAAUCGCAACGACUCGUUCUUGACAGCCAAUCUCAAUCGCUUUGAUUGGCUUCGCCUCACACCGCCGGGCGCGUUCGCGCGCUUCGUGGUCGAAAAGGUGACUUCAAGCGCACCGCAAUGGGUGGAUACGACUUCAGAUCUUCAUAGCUUCACAGUAUCAGGCAUACCAUGUGGAACGGGAGCCCGAAUGAAUCCGUCCCGCUCGAUCCUUAUCACUUCUUCGCGCAAACUUCGAUUUUCGCGUCAAAGUUCGGUUUCCUUGUUUCUCAUCGGUUUCACAACGUUGGGGAUGCGCAAAGAAGGUAAGCGUCUCUUUACCUACAUCGUUAAACACACUCCGAUACGAUCAGUUUGUUUCGUCUGGUGGCGAGCUCACUGCGUCACCACUGGCUUAAAAUCUCCUGUAGCGCCUUCGAUGCGUGUAUAUUGCUCGACCUUUCGCUGCAAGCCAGGUUCAGCUCAGAACGACCGACGAUCUUCAUUAGGUGUUCUUCGGUGCAUGGUGAAACCCGAGGAUGCAGCUUUCUGAUCACUGCCUUGCCUCCCAUACUCAAUCAUGCGCUGGGUUCUUCAUGUCUGGCCGGGUGCGGUCGAACAAAAUUGUGUUGUGCGCCCGUCCCGAUCGGCGAGAGGCGACUGCUGAUAAUUCUAGCCGAAUGUUCCGAAGUCCGGUUCGAAUGAGACUGGCAGUACCGUAGCGAGUCGUACUUUCUAGACGGGUACACUCGAAAGCUUCAUACGUUGCGAGAGCGAUGUCCAGCUGCUGUGUAUCGUUUGAUCCAACGUGCCAGUCGUCAGACGGCUAGGAUAGGCAGACAGUGCAGA